AUGUGCAUAUUCGCCAGCCUUGAGACCCCCGACCUCGUCCGGGUAGGCUCCGUCUGCUCAUCAUGGCGUUCCGCCUGCUCCAGGCUCUGCAAUCUUGGGCUUUUCAGGCAGACACAGACACCGUGCCUCCUAUACACCUCUGAAUCUGCCGGUGAGAGUGUUGCAGGCCUCUUCAGCAUCGUGGAGAACAAAUCCUACACAUUAGCUCUUCCAGACCCACCUAUUCGCACUAGGUAUGUGAUCGGCUCCAACCAUGGCUGGAUCAUCACCGCCGACGAUAGGUCCGAGCUGCACCUCCUCAACCCCAUCACCGGUGACCAGAUCGCCCUGCCUUCCGUCACCACCAUUGAGCAGGUGAAGCCCAUCUUUGAUGAUGCCGGUGCUCUUCACAAGUAUCAGUACUCAUGGUACACCGGCACUCCACGCUUAGUCGACUUCCCUACGCCCUCGGUCUUUUCGCUUGGCGAGCUGCGGGACUACCUCUUUGAGAAGGCAUUUUUGUCAUCUGAUCCAUCGACUGGAGAUUAUUAUGUGGUACUCAAGCAUAAUCCAGAGUCACAACUUUCAUUUGCAAGAGCAGGGGAUGAUAGAUGGACUUGGUUGCCACCACAUGUUAAUUAUGCAGAUUGUUUCUUUAAGGAUGGCCUGCUCUUUGCAUUGGAUUCACGCGGAGAAGUCCGUACGUUUGAUCUCAGUGCACCUGUAGUAACACAAAAUAUCGUUCUGGGGCGAAUGAAGGCUUGGAUCGAGGACUGCAACUACAUGUACAUUGCUCAAGCUCCAUACGGUGAUUUGUUGCAAGUUUGGAAGUCAAGAAACUGUUUGGGUUGGGAGGAUGGGGAUGUUUCAGGACAGGGGCUUGAGGAUGCGACGGAUCUGUCGGGGCUGAAACCUGAGGAUAGGGAGGAUGGCGAUGUUUCGGAACCUGAGUUAGGCUAUGACUCUCAUGUGACCUUCACUGACAAGUUUGACGUAUUUAAAGUGGAUUUUGCUGCAAAAAAGCUUGAAGACAUAACUAGCUCAUGUGACUGUGUGAUGUUUCUUGGGCAUAAUCAAUCACUUUGUUUGAGUGCCGAUGAAUAUCCACAGUUAAAGUCCAAUCAUGUCUAUUUUACUGAUGAGGAUGAUGCCUAUCAUCAUUUUGGAAGCAUGAAGAGUCAGCGUGAUAUUGGAGUCCUCAACCUUGGAAAUUGCUCUGUUGAAAGAAUUGUAUCACCUCAGCUUUGGUCCAACUUGCCAGCCCCUGUGUGGUUUAUACCAAAUCCCCGGAAGAUACAUUUAGCAUCACAUGAUUAG